AUGUCUUUGAACCCUUCUCAGGGCGAGACCGCAGCCGCCUCCGUGAACCCUCCUCAGACUGAGAUCGUGGCCCCCUUUGACCAGUAUGGGACCCUGAUGAGUGUGGAGGAUCAGGAGAGGGAUCGACUUUUGCUCGUGGAUGACAUGGGAGUAGAGGCUCAGGCUCAUGAAAACGAGACCGCUACUGUGGCGAGAGAUUCGGCCACUAGCAAGGAGCUCGCUCUCCUGAACGGGCUUCCGGUCGUCCCUGCUCCUCAGCCUCAGUCUCAUAACCGUCGUUCGUCUAAGUUAGCGGGGUCUGGCCGACUUACGUGCUUAGGUAUAUCUAGGUCGUCUUGUUUGUCUGCGACUCUGAGGUCGACUUAUGACGAGACUCUUUACGUGGCUAAGUGUAUGAGAAUGACUCGGCUUAGGGUACUUAGACGCUUAGAAUCAGUUGCGGGUCUGGCUCCGGCUUAG